CAUAGUGUAUACGAGGCAAAGUGCCUCAUUUCGUGCUAGGUUGCCGGCUGCGUGUGUAACUGAUGUAUACUGCUCAUCUGGGGAGUAUCAGCAUGGGUCGUUCCUACAUCCGGAUUUGUUUUCCAAAGUGAUCUUACUAAUCCUUGAUACAUUAAAAACAUUGGUUGUUAAGACGAGAAGAAUGAACUUAUGACUUUACAAUGAAGCCAUGCCACCCUGCUCUGCAUGGUUAGUGAUAUUUGUUUUUCGGAGUCAGGCGCCCGUGUGUGGGGGCGAGAUGGUAUCGGGUUAACACACCGGUGCAUGGAGGACACCUCGAUGGCACAGGGUUCCUUUAAUUAAACGCUGACAUCAGUACUCCAGCUGUGACUUAUUUUUUGACAUCAAUGGAACAAAAUAUUGUGUGUAAACUGAUGAUGAGGAGCAGCACUGGGAAACACUCACAUAGGUAGCGGCAACUAUAAACAAAAGCAAUCAUAGUAUAGACAACGGUCAACGACUCCAAAUUCUGUCUCUUACUUUUUGUUCAGGAAAAGACAAUCUAUUUUUCACCCGCACACUUGACGUGAAUGUGGAGAGCAUUCCCGGCCUCAGCAAAACUUGUUUCCUGAAAGGAGUACUAGCUUCGAGUUUCACUAUUUAUUAAUGCAGGCUCGCCAACAAACAAAAAAUGAAAGUUUGACGAAAUCAUAUAAAUAGUGAGUCGGAUGAUGACAACCAAUGGUCUAUUCAUGUGUAAGCCACUCUGAAUUUAGUGAGAAUAUUACAAACCCAUGUACGCAUCGCCGAUGGUGUCCGAUUUCAGGCUGGCUAAAUGAACAGUCGAUGGAUGGGAUUACUUGGCAAAUUGGCACCCGUCGUCUCAAUCCGGCCAGGAACCCCCGGAACGAUCCGGGACUGUCUUAACUGUUAUCAGUCGGAUACCGUUCAAAGCCCGGGGAUCAUCCCAAACCACGUCAUUCGUGGAACUAUUUUUGAGGACGAGCAAGAAGUUUGCCUCUGCGUUUCGGACUAUAGUGGAUAAGAAAUCCCGUUUAAAACGUCCCUUGUGCUGAUUGUUUCCCACACUCUGGAUAUACAUCUUCUCGAGGACUGGAGAGAGAGAUACGAGAGCAUUUUUAGCUCGUGGCAUUGACAUUUUCACGUAAGUCUGUGGCUACAAUCCCUUCCUGUUUUGAUACUGUUUUAGAUAACAUUGCUGAGAAUUGUCGUGUGGGCUUCAACGAAUCUCGGGAAAGCAGAUUGACUAUAAACUACAGGAAUUUCUGUCACCCCCGCUAGCAGAUUUCAGGAGAUAUUUUGUUUUCGCCAACAAUUCAAGGAACAAGGAGCUGUGAAUCUACCUGGACCCCUACGGUGGAUCAAAGCAAUUUCUCCGGGCCGCAGGUUGAUCGAUAUAAGCGGUAGAUAUUUCACCGUCACUUCAUAAAACACUCCGGCGUCCGUACUGUGUGUGCAUUUAUUGACAGGCUCGGCAUAACCUUCUGUCAGAAUUUUCCUGUGCUAAUUGAAAAAGGGGUUGACGUUGUUAAUGAACAGCAGUGUACAUAAGUUCUCCGUGACACGCUUGUUUGUGCUUUGUUACAACGCCGUUUGAAUGUAGCUGACCCAAUGUGAUAUUCAUUCGUUACUCUGUAGUGAUAACCAAGUUUUUUUUUACAUUGAUAUCCAUCAUACAAAAUCGCAUGAAAUAAUCAUGACGUGGUGUUGUCGUCAUACACAAUGAUAGCAAUUACAGCAGCCUGAACUGAAUAUCUACAUUUUUUUAGAAGAAAGGCUCGUGAGUAUUGACGUCAUUGCCAUUUGCAAGGUAAUACCUUUUACUGUGGAAUUUCAAAGGCAAUACUCGAACUGGUACUUUUAUCGUAUAUGUUGCCACAGUCUCUCAUUAGUUUGUCUUCAACGCUAAGCCGUGCGUCUGUCUUUGCCUUUUGAUAUCACAACCGACUUGCCUCCUCACCAUUAGUCACUGCACUGCACUCGGCCACUUCAGUUUUGAUUCCGUGUACAUUGCUAAUAACGGGGUGAAACCGUACCUAUUUGGCAAGCAUGAAUGAUGCUAACGGCCCGAGUACCUACUGCACCAACACAGACGACCAAAGAGGGUUCUGUUUUGCAUCUUUCGGGGCAGCCAGCGACCGUGGCUCGGGAGGCAUCUUAGGGAGUCAACGCUACAGCUUUAGCGGUCUCCGUGAGACCGCCCUGACUCACUCUAUGAGUGCCGUUCUACUCGGAACACUGGCUCUUUUUGUAGCCAUUGCUUCACUGUUUGGAAGGUGGAUUAAAAAGGUGAUAUCGUUCGCACCAUCAAAGACUCUCGAACCACCGAAACUGUACCACAGAAAAUCGCCUCUAUCGCAAUACCUACUCGCCAACUGCAACUCACUUACAAAGCCCUACUACCCGACGUUCUGGGCGGGUAAUUCUCAUGUGCAGACCGCGUUGUCGAUCAUGCUACCCCAGAAAUGGGUCGACUUUAGCCGGGAGUAUUUGCAAAUGGACGAUAGUGGGGUAGUGGCGCUCGAUAUUGCGCGACCCGGAGGCUGGAUGUUGUACAAGACAAGCCCAGUUAUUAUUGUAGUCCCCGAUUUGAAUACAGACUGCCGAAGUGUGUCUGACCUCUGUUGGAUCGCCAUGCAGAGGGGUUACCGGUUGAUGGUAUUCAACAGACGCGGCCACGGGGGUACCCCGUUGACCACACCCAAACUACAAAGUUAUGGAGACGCUUCGGACUUGCGUGAGACAGUGAUGUAUAUACGCCAGACAUACCCCGAGGCCAGACUGAACGCCAUCGGCGUUGGGGCGGGCGGUGGGUUGUUGAUAUCCUACCUGGGGGAGUACGGCUCAUCCACGGACCUCGCCUCAGCAGUCUGCAUUUCACCCAGCUACGAUUGCCAGGAGCUGUAUGAAUCACGUACAAUAUCCAAACCGUAUCACUGGCUCGCAUUACAGCGGGCGAAACUAUUACUACGGCGACACGCUGGCAACCUGGACGGGGUCAUCGAUCCCGUCUCGGCCUUCGGGGCUUCGACGCUCGCCGAACUUGAAGAGUGCGUCUUCGCCAAGAUCCAUAAAACGCCAAAUAUGGGCGACUACUGGGAGAUGAACAAUCCGCUACGGGAAGCCGACGAGAUAUCCGCCCCCUUGCUUUGUAUCAGUAGCACGGACGACCCCGUCCAUCCUAAUGUACUAGUGCCACAUGAUUUCUUUACCACGUUACCGGACGUUAUGCUAGCGUCGACUACCCAAGGUGGCUAUUGUGGGUUCUAUGAAGGCCCCAGGGCACAGUCUUGGGCCCAUCGACUGGCCAUGGAUUAUAUAGACACUGUGUUGAAGUACACUAUAUCCAUAAGCAGCGUGUCAGCGAGUAGCCAUAACACAAGUAGAUGUUUGCCUGACGUAUAAUAUAUUGUGUUUUAUACUAAUUGCACAUAAGCAAACAAGAAAAAUUGGGGUUUGUUUCCCAGCAACUGAUCCGUAACAGCAAGUGAAACCCAAUGGUGGAAGCACAUGUACUGUAGCCGUCUUGUAGAAAACACUUGCUAAAUAAUGCAUAACUAAACUAAAAAAUGUGAAUUUACCACUGUCCAAACCUAAUUAAUAGUCCAACUCCGUUGCAUUUAACAUCAGCUC